CUACAUAGACAUACCUACGCUACGAAUCUUACGAUAGUACAUACAAUACAGAGAUGUGCGUAAAGUUCUUUCUAGAAUGAAAUGAUAUUUUCUUUUCGUAAAAACAAAAUUCUCACAUAAAAACGGAUUAAAAGUGUUCUGAAUAGUUGAAAAUGGCUAACAUUUUUGGGUUGAUUGUGUCAGGGCGCCUGGUACAGACAGACUUCACGCCUGUGUCGGAGACGAGCCUGAUCACCACCAUCCUGGACGUGGACUCUAUCAACCACGCGGUGGUGUUCCUGACGGGCAGCACGCCGCUGCCGGCGGGCACCGUGGCCGUGGUGUACUGGAGCUGGCCCGACCCCGCCGCGCCGCCCAACUGGCAGCCGCUGGGACACAUCUCCAACGCCAAGCCCUCCGCUAUAUUUAAAAUAUCAAACUUGAAAAAGCUGCAUGAACUAUCGAAUGAAAAUAAAUUUGUGAGUGCAUUUGGACAACAACAGAUUUGUAAUAAUGCACAGAUUGGCAUUUCUAUAGAACCUGAAUCUAACGCACAACUACUUCCUAAUUCAGAGGCGCAACAGACUUACUCGUACGUGACGUUCGCGCAGAAGAUGCUGGAGCACCUGGUCAACUUCGUGGCGUCGUUCUCGGUGACGCAGACGGAGAUGCGGCCCACGCCGGGCGUGUCGUACAUCCCGCUCAACACGCUGCAGACGUGGUACGAGAACUUCGAGCGCCGGUUGCAGGCCAACCCCAACUUCUGGAAAAACUAGUGCGGAACUCAGUUGAUAAGCGAAUGCCUUAUUUCCUGAAGAGCUUUUGCUCGCGGCGACAUUCUUAUGCAAGGUAUAGCGUCACUAGGCUAGGCGUAAACAGCGGCGCAGAUACACAUAAUUAUUUGCUUCCUAGCUUGAUUCAUGUACAAAUCUGUGUUGUUACCUGAACACAGAGCUCUUUGGUUCUCCUUUCACUCAUUACAUUUGACCCCUGCACCUAUGCCUCAGGUUGAUUGACAACCAACCUAAGGCGUAGUUGUUAAGUCUCAUGGGCCUGUAAUUUCAACUGCCUUUUAGAUAGCAGCACAGCAUUCAAAAUGAGGAGUCUGUUGUGAUUAUUUUGCAAAGAAUAGAUAAUCAAAGGUAGGGUACCUUAUGUACUAUUAAAUCUGCAUAUUAUGCAAUAUUGUGGUGAUUAGAAUAGACUUUAAAGAUUUUAAAUUCAACACAACCAGUGCUCACAUACAAACGUUUAAGUUAUGUAAGGAUCACAAUUGUUAAGGAAAAAUUUCCUGGGCUGCAAUGUUGUUGCCUGUGAAUAUUAUGGUCCUGGACAAUGUCGCCGCGUGCAAAGGCAUGUAGUGUUAUGACAGCUUUGACGCAAUCUGCUGUAGUGGCUGCUGGUCGGUUUCCGCGACUCAUAUAGGGGGCAUGGCUUGCUGGAAAGGGGAUGCGAAUUGGAAUGAUUAUAUGUCCCCCAUAAUUCAUAAUAAUUAAAAAAUAACAACUUUUACCUAAUUAAUACUCUUAGGAAACAACUGUGAACAGUUUCCAUAAAAAAUACGCGGUGUCAACUAUAAAAUCAGCUGUGUAUACAUUUUAGGUCAAAUGGAGUCAGAUUGCAACAGAAGAUACUAUUGAAAGAUACUAUAAAAUAAGAUAAUAUUGAAAUCUACAGUUGCACUGGUAAUAAGGUGCUAGUAUAGUAUAAUAGUAUUAAAGCAAUAAUUUACACACAAGUGAAUGUGAUCUCAAGGCAUUAAUUAGUUAGGUUGUAAUUUUUUAUAUUAAAACUGAAAUAAAAUUUCUUUAUUGAAAUUAAAAACAUUCUUUUAAAUUAAUAAGAACUCUUGUUAUAUUGAACUUCUUCUAUAUUAAUAAAUAAGUGGGGUACCCCUUUUCCUAACAAACUUGUAUUAGCAGAUAGUUUGCCGCACUGAAAUCAUAGCAAUUGAUGAGUUUUAAAUUGACAUUUAAAAACAAUGGGAAAUUAAUUUUGACAAUUUUUAUAUGCAAAGAUGAAUAUAAUAUGAAUGAUGUCAUAAUUGACGUGAACAUCUCAUGAACUAAGGGCGAAAGUAUGUCAUACAGAAAAGGCCCUAGAUUACUGCGAUUCUGUCGAUGAAAGGCUCAUAAUAUUAUUUAGAUUAAUUUAGUUGAAUAAAAGUUAUGUCUGUGAACUGAGCAGGAAAUUAUAAUAAUGACCUUUUGUGUGAUAAAUGCCUUAAAUAUAGGAUAUGCAAUAAACAGUAUGGUACAAGUUGAAUGUGUUUUGCUAUAGAACUUUAAAAUGUUAUUUAGGGGUCGUUUCACUGUCACACAGGUAUAUAUUUUGCUGUCAAAUUUGAUAUUGUUGAUUCAUCUGUGUCAAUGUGAACUAACCCUCAGUAUGACAUUUCCCCGUUCACAAUCGGAGUGUCUUUUUCUAGUAUCGGAAAUCGGUAUCGCCAGAGUAAGAUAUUUUUGUCGAUUGUUUGUAAACGGUAUUUAAAAUAAAAUCUCUAGUGCAGGGGGCUUGAAACCAUAUCUUAAGACAGAUUUUUUUAAUAUCGAUUAAUUAAUAAAUUUAUCGAUAAGCCCCAAGAGUGCUACUUACUAUAUUCCAAUAAAAAACCCCGUCGUGAAAUAAAAAACUAAAUAUAAUAUUAAAUUAUGACACGUAGGUAUAGUUAAAUUAUUUAGAUUUUGAAUUAUUUCCGCAAAAUACACUCAUGCGCAAAAUUUCAAUUUCAUCAAUUGGCACCGGAAUCAUUUUUACAUUAAACAUUACAUUUUUUUCGUGAGGGUUUUUAGUUUAAAAAAGACCACGAUUGCGUGCGUGAAAAUUUCAUACUUGGGCUACGAAUGGUACAUUUAGCCGCACCCAAAAUGAGGCAACCGCAAACUAAAGAGAUUCGUUUCAUCAAGUGCAUUGUUACGCGAUAUUUUAACACAAAGACUGCUUAUAAAAAUAUAUUUUUAUUAUAAAUAAAUUCUUAUUACAA